AUGACAUUCAACUUUGCUACAAUAAAAUAUACGCUGCGGCAAACGGCGAUGUUUCUCUCGUGGGUUCCCGUUUUGUACGUAAUCAAUGAACAUGUGACUUACGUGGGGAUAGUAGAGGGUUCAUCGAUGAAGCCAACACUGAAUCCCGACACGAACGGCUCGAAACUCGAUCACGUGCUCCUCUGGAAGUGGGGGUGCAAGAAUAUAAACAAUCUACAUCUGGACGAUGUCAUAUUUCUACGAUCACCGAUCAACCCUGAAACCAUCUACGUGAAACGAAUCAAGGCGAAGCAGGGAGAUCUAGUGGUUCCCAGGUAUCCGGACACUCGGUCACGUGUCCUUAUACCGGUGAACCAUCUCUGGGUGGAGGGAGAUAACGUUCAUUCGAUUGAUUCGAACACGUAUGGCCCUGUAUCAAGCGGUUUGGUGCUAGGGAAGGCAACUUACAUAAUAUGGCCAUGGAAAAGGUUUGGACCCAUUUCAGGUGGAGGACGUGAGUGCAGGAAGGCGUAUUUGGAGCGGGAGCUGCCGCCGGAGAUGGCCGAGGUUGCGAGGAUGGCAAAAGUGGAAAAGAAGGGGAAAGUGGAAAAGGUGGAAAAUAAGGUGGAAGUGGAAAAUAAGGUGGAAGUUGGAAAGAAGGCAGAUUAA